AUAGAAACGUCACGUCAACCAAACGUCAAAAUCAUCGAAAAUAAAACUUGCUUUCAUCUUGUGCGUGCAUUAUUUUCAAUUAUUAGCUAAACUUAAUUAUUUGUGGUCUUUGUAGUAUUACUGAGAACACUACACGAACUGAGGUAUCUGGAUAUUCGUCGGAGCGCGUCAUAUCUUUAGCAGAGUGGGCGCGGGCGGACGGCGGACUUCCUCAUGAUGUCAUUAAAGCCGAGAAAUGUGGACUUUCAGGAGACCUGGGCCGGGCUGAAGGAGACCGUGGCGGGCGUGGUGGGGCUGCAGGCGGUGGCGCGCGGCGACUGGUCGGCGUGCUUCAGCGCCGUGUACUCGCUGUGCGUCGCGCACCCGGAGCCGCUCGCCGCGCGCCUCUACGACGAGACCAGGCGGUUCCUGGAGGAGCACGUGGCGGCGCUGCUGCUGCGCGUGCGCGGGGACGCCGACGAGCGCAGCCACGACUUCGAGGACGGACUGCUCACACGAUAUGUGGUGGCGUGGCGGGAGUACAGCCAGGGCGCGGCCUACCUCAACUCGCUCUACUCCUACCUCAACCUGCAGCACGUCAAGCGACAGAAGGUGUCGGACGCGGAGAUCAUGUACGGCUCGGCGGCCACCGUGAGCAGCGCGGAGCAGGACGCACGACAACUUGAGGUGGGCGAGCUGGGGCUGACGAUCUGGGAGCGCGUGCUGCUGCGGCCGCUGGCGCCGGCGCUGACGCUGCGCGUGGUGGCCGCCCUGACCGCCGCCAGGGCGCGCGCGCUCGACCCCGCGCUGGCCGACGCGCUGCGCACCGCCAUACACAGCACGGUGGAUGUGCAAGCGUUCCUGGUCCGCUCUCCUCUCUCCCUGUACAACUCGCUGGUGCUGCAGCCGUUCCUCGAGCGGGCGGGCGCGGCGCACGCGCAGCACGCCGCCGCGCUGCUGCACGCGCAGGACAUUCACACCUACAUGACCGAGGUGCUGCAGGGUCUGGAGCGUGAAGUAUCCCUAGGCGCGCGCUUCCUACACGCGUCGUCGGCGGAGGCGGUGCGCGCGUGCUACGAGCGCGCGGCUGUGCAGGCGCACCUCGCCACGCUGCACGCCGAGUGCCCGCGCCUGCUGCAGGCGGCCAGCGAGGACGGGCCUGAUGCUGAGGAGCGUCGCGUGGACCUGCGCAACCUGUACACGCUGCUCCGGCCGCUGGGCGCCGCCGCGCUGCGCCCGCUGCUGGCCGCCGCCCACGAGCACGUCGCCGCCGCCGGCCGCGCCGCCCUCGCGCACCCGCCGCCCAACGAGGCCCACACUCACUUCGUGCACGCGAUGCUGGCGCUCCACGACAAGUACUCUGGUCUCUUCAACUCGGUGUUCUCGGGCGCGCAGGCGUUCACCGGCGCGCUGGACAAGGCGUGCAGCGAGGUGGUCAACAGGGCGCCGCCCGCCAAGGCGCCCGAGCUGCUGGCCAGAUACUGCGACUCGCUGCUCCGGCGGCGCGGCGAGCGCGCGGCGGCGCCCGGCGCGGAGGCGGAGACGGACGCGGCGCUGGCGCGCGCCAUCGUCGUGUUCAAGUACAUCGACGACAAGGACGUGUUUCAGAAGUACUACGCACGAGCGCUGGCGAGGAGGUUGAUACACCAGCUGGCAGCCAAUAUGGAGCAGGAAGAGGCGAUGAUAAACCGUCUGAAGGCGGCGUGCGGCUACGAGUUCACGAACAAGCUGCACCGCAUGUUCACGGACGUGGCCGUCUCCGCCGACCUUAACGCCAAGUUCAGCGCCUACCUCGCCGAGCAGCGGCUCCAUAGCGACACCGGGUUCACAGUGCAGGUGUUGCAGGCGGGCGCGUGGCCGCUGGGCGGGGGUGCGUCCUCGGGGGGGCCCCCGCCGCCCCUCGCCAUCCCCGCCACACUCUUCGAACAGUUCUACAGACGCGCGUUCUCCGGACGUCGGCUGGCGUGGCUGCAGCACCUGUGCGCCGGCGAGCUGCGCACCCGCUACACGCCGCGCGCGCACCACGUGCAGGCCACCGUCAACCAGUGCUCAAUCCUGCUCGCGUUCGAGAAUGUAGACGAGAUGCAAGCGCGGGAGCUGCGCGAGCUGCUGGAGCUGGACGCGGAGCAGUGGGCGCGCCAGCUGCGGCCGCUGCUCGACGUGGGGCUCAUCACCGCCGAGGGCAACGUGGAGGACGAGGCGGCGGAGGGCACUAUCCGGCUGAACCUGCAGUUCUCCAGCAAGCGCACCAAGCUGCGCCUCGCCGCCGCCGCGCCGCCGCAACAAGAGGGCGGCGCGCCGGCGGCGGCGGCGGGCGAGGAGCCGGUGCAGUGCGACGACGACCGCAAGAUGUACCUGCAGGCCGCUCUAGUCAGGAUCAUGAAGCAACGGAAGGUGCUCCGGCACAACGAGCUGAUCCAGGAGGUGUGUGCGCAGGCGCGCGGCUCCUUCGCGCCCUCCGUGGCCAUGGUGAAGAAGUGCAUCGAGGCGCUCAUUGACAAGCAGUACCUGGAGAGAGCCCCGGGGAGACUGGACACGUACAGCUACCUGGCGUAGGGGGGACACG